UAUUAAGAUUUAUUAUUAUGUAAUAUGGUAGGAAUCGGCAUCUCGAAAUUACUAAAAAAACUUUGACGUCUAGUUGGUUGACCGUAAAAACUACGUUCACCGGCGAUAAUCAGAAACCAAACGACAAAUAGCUGUAACCAAACAUUCCACCGCCAUUGGAUACUUUUUUUUCUUUUUGGCUCAAAUAUAGGAGUUUUUGUUUCAUUUCCCGCACCCAUAUGCUCUCUCUGAUUUGCCCGUAAAUAAAUCCAUCUGUAUGGCUUGAUUUCGUAUUUCCCCUCAUAAAAUUUCCACCAAAAAAAAAAAAAAAGAUAGCCCGCGAAAAUAGAAAAGAAGGGAAAGAAUGGAGACGCCGGCACGGGACUCGAUUCUUCUCGAAGACUUCGGGCAGAAAGUGGACUUGACCCGGCGGAUCCGGGAGGUCCUAUUGAACUACCCGGAGGGCACGACCGUGUUAAAGGAACUUAUUCAGAACGCCGAUGAUGCCGGCGCCACCACUGUUCGUCUCUGCCUUGAUCACCGACCGCACGGGUCGGAUUCAUUGUUGUCGGAUUCUUUGGCGCAGUGGCAAGGUCCAUCUCUGCUUGCUUACAACGACGCCGUUUUCACAGAAGAAGAUUUUGUUAGUAUUUCUAGAAUUGGCGGGAGCAGUAAACAUGGCCAAGCCUGGAAAACUGGCCGAUUCGGGGUUGGAUUCAAUUCGGUUUAUCACUUGACCGAUUUGCCUUCAUUCGUGAGUGGCAAUUACGUGGUAUUAUUUGAUCCUCAGGGUUUUUAUCUUCCCAAUGUAUCAACAGCCAAUCCUGGAAAAAGAAUUGACUAUGUUUCUUCUUCAGCUCUUUCAAUAUACCAAGAUCAAUUCCUUCCCUAUUGUGCAUUUGGUUGUGAUAUGAAAAAUCCUUUCACUGGAACUUUAUUCCGUUUUCCCUUGAGGAAUUCGGAUCAAGCUGCCCGAAGUAAGCUCUCGCGGCAAGCUUAUUCAGAGGAUGAUAUUUCCUCUAUGUUUUCACAGCUUUUUGAGGAAGGAGUUUUCUCUUUACUUUUUCUUAAAAGUGUAUUGUCUAUAGAAAUGUAUACCUGGGAUGCUGGAGAAUCUGAGCCGAAAAAGCUUUUUUCGUGCUCUGUUAGCUCCCCCAAUGAUGACAUUGUUUGGCACCGGAAAGCACUUCUAAGAUUGUCAAAAUCAGUUAAUAGUACAAAUAAUGAGGUGGAUGCGUAUUCAGUCCAAUUCUUGAGUGAAGUGAUGACGGGAAGUGAACGUAGAAAGAGGAUUGAUACUUUUUAUAUGGUGCAAACAAUGGCUUCUGCUUCUAGUAGGAUUGGUUCUUUUGCUGCUACUGCUUCCAAAGAGUACGAUAUUCACCUGCUACCUUGGGCAUCGGUUGCAGCAUGUAUAUCGGACGAUUCAUCAGAUAAUGCUGUUCUGAAGCUUGGUCAGGCAUUCUGUUUUCUUCCUUUGCCAGUGAGAACUGGGCUGACAGUGCAAGUUAAUGCAUACUUCGAGGUCUCCUCGAACCGACGUGGCAUUUGGUAUGGAGCAGAUAUGGACAGAAGUGGAAAAAUUCGUUCUAUAUGGAAUAGGCUUCUUUUGGAAGAUGUUAUAGCUCCUAUUUUUAUGCAAAUGCUGCUGGGUGUGCAAAAGCUGCUAGGUCCAACAAAUUCAUACUAUUCUUUGUGGCCCAGGGGUUCCUUUGACGAGCCAUGGAGCAUUUUGGUCGAGCACAUAUACAAAAAUAUCGGUAAUUCUGCUGUGCUGUAUUCUGAUCUAGGAGGAGGAAAGUGGGUCUCACCAGUAGAAGCUUUUCUUCAUGAUGAGGCGUUUGGAAAGAGCAAGGAACUUGCUGAAGCCCUGCUGCAGCUAGGAAUGCCAAUUGUCCAUUUGCCAAAUUACCUGUUUGAUAUGUUUCUGAAAUAUGCUACUGAUUUUCAGCAAAAAGUUGUCACUUCAGAUACAGUGCGCCAUUUUCUUAGGUUUUGCAAAACUCUUACGAGCUUGAGCAAAUCCUAUAAACUUGUAUUAUUGGAAUAUUGUCUGGAGGACUUGAUUGAUGCUGAUGUAGGUACUUAUGCUAAUAACCUGUCAUUGAUUCCUUUGGCGAAUGGUGAUUUUGGUUUAUUUUCAGAAGCCAUGAAAGGGGUUUCUUAUUUUGUUUGUAAUGAGUUAGAAUACAUGCUGCUUCGACAAAUUUCUGAUAGAAUAAUUGACAGGACCAUUCCCCUUAGCAUACUGAGUAGGCUAUCUGCUAUUGCAACGUCAUCAAAAUCAAAUCUCACUGUUUUCGGUAUUCAGCAUUUUGUUAAGUUAUUUCCUAGAUUUGUACCUGCUGAAUGGAGAUAUAAAAGCAAAGUUCUCUGGGAACCAGAUUCAUCUUCUGCUUAUCCAACUAAAUCCUGGUUUAUGCUAUUUUGGCAAUAUAUCCAGAAUCAGGGUGAGGGAUUAUCGUUGUUUGGUGAUUGGCCUAUCUUGCCUGCAACCUCUGGAUAUUUAUAUCGACCUUCUAGACAGUCAAAGCUUAUCAAGGCAGAGAAACUUUCUGAUAGAAUUCAAGACAUUCUUGUGAAGAUUGGAUGCAAGAUACUGGACCCUGAUUAUGGUGUUGAACAUCCUGAUUUGUCUCAUUAUGUAUUUGAUUCCAAUUUUUCAGGUGUUUUGGAAUCCAUUUUUGAUGUUGUCUCUUCAAAUGGCAGUAUGAUACAAACAUUUAGUUGUAACUUGACAUCUGAAGAGAGGAAUGAGCUACGUGAAUUUCUUCUUGAUCCAAAAUGGUAUGUGGGAGAUUCUGUUAACAGUUCUAGAAUAAAAAAGUGCAGGAAACUGCCCAUUUAUAGAGUCUAUACUGGAGAAUCUGUUCAACAUUUUUGUUUUUCUGACUUAGAGAAUCCUCAAAAGUACUUACCUCCUUUAGGAAUUCCCAAGUAUCUUCUUGGAGGUGAAUUCAUUCUUUGCUCCUCAAAUAGUGAAGAAGAGAUUUUGUUAAGAUAUUAUGAAGUUGAGAGAAUGGGGAAAGCUUGCUUUUACAGGCAGCAAGUGUUAAAUAGUAUAAAAGAAAUGCAUACUGAAGUUCGUGACAGUGUUAUGCUUUCGAUUCUGGAAAACCUGCCACAGUUAUCUCUUGAAGACACAUCUCUUCGGGAUUACUUGAGAAAUUUGGAAUUUGUUCCUACCAUUACUGGUGCACUUAAAUGUCCUUCAAUGUUUUAUGAUCCUCGUAACGACGAAUUAUAUGCUUUGCUAGAAGACUCUGAUAGUUUCCCCUCUGGCCCUUUCCAAGAAUCUGGCAUCUUGGACAUGCUGCAGGGUUUGGGCCUUAGGACAUCUGUAACUCCUGAGACCGUCAUAGAAAGUGCCCGACAAGUUGAGCGAAUGAUGAAUGAAGAUCAGGAAAAGGCACAUUCAAGAGGUAAAAUACUUCUUUCAUACUUAGAAGUAAAUGCGAUGAAAUGGCUUCCCAAUCAAUCAAGUGAUGAUCAAGGAACUGUAAACAGAAUAUUCUCACGAGCUGCAACUGCAUUUAAGCCUCGCAACAUGAGAUCUGACCUGGAAAAGUUUUGGAAUGAUCUCCGAAUGAUUUGUUGGUGUCCGGUGUUAGUUUCUUCUCCAUUUCAAGCUUUACCAUGGCCUGUUGUAUCAUCCAAAGUUGCUCCCCCAAAGCUUGUGAGAUUGCAAACAGACUUGUGGCUUGUUUCCGCAAGCAUGCGAAUACUAGAUGGUGAAUGUUCUUCGACAGCAUUGUCCUAUAACCUGGGAUGGCUAGCUCCACCAGGGGGGAGUGCAAUUGCUGCCCAGUUGCUUGAGCUUGGGAAAAACAAUGAGAUUGUGAAUGAACAGGUGCUCCGUCAGGAGUUAGCUCUAGCAAUGCCAAGGAUAUACUCUAUAUUAAUGAACAUGAUUGGUUCUGAUGAGAUGGACAUUGUAAAGGCUGUUUUGGAAGGUUGCCGUUGGAUUUGGGUGGGAGAUGGUUUUGCAACUUCUGAUGAGGUAGUUCUUGAUGGUCCUCUUCACUUGGCUCCUUAUAUACGUGUUAUACCAAUGGAUUUAGCAGUUUUCAAGGAGUUAUUCUUGGAGCUUGGCAUUCGAGAGUUUUUGAAGCCCUCUGAUUAUGCUAAUAUUUUAGGCAGAAUGGCUGCCAGAAAAGGUUCAUCUCCACUUGAUGCCAACGAAAUCAGGGCAGCGAUACUGAUUGUUCAGCAUCUUUCAGGGGUUCAAUUUCAUGAACAAGUUAAGAUCUAUUUGCCAGAUGUAUCAGGGAGGCUAUUCCCUGCUAAUGAUUUAGUUUAUAAUGAUGCCCCCUGGUUGCUUGGGUCCGAUGACACUGAUACCUUAUUUAGUGGUCCAUCUGCUGCAGUCUUGAAUGCAAGGAGAACUCAUAAAUUUGUUCAUGGAAACAUAUCAAAUGAGGUUGCAGAGAAGCUUGGUGUCUGCUCACUUCGUAGAAUCUUGCUAGCUGAGAGCGCUGACUCAAUGAAUUUGAGUUUAUCUGGAGCCGCAGAAGCCUUUGGACAGCAUGAAGCCUUGACAACAAGGCUCAGACAUAUACUCGAGAUGUAUGCAGAUGGACCUGGAAUUCUCUUUGAGCUGGUUCAAAAUGCUGAAGAUGCAGGAGCUUCUGAGGUGAUCUUUCUUUUGGAUAAAACUCAAUAUGGAACUUCUUCUGUUCUCUCUCCUGAAAUGGCUGACUGGCAAGGCCCUGCCCUUUACUGCUUCAAUGAUUCUGUAUUUAGUCCACAAGAUUUAUAUGCAAUAUCUCGUAUUGGUCAGGAAAGCAAACUUGAAAAGCCUUUUGCAAUUGGAAGAUUUGGAUUGGGCUUUAAUUGUGUUUAUCAUUUCACAGACAUUCCCACGUUUGUUUCUGGGGAAAACAUCGUUAUGUUUGAUCCUCAUGCUAGUUAUUUGCCAGGGAUCUCCCCCUCCCACCCGGGGCUGAGAAUAAAAUUUGUGGGGAGAAAGGUGUUAGAGCAGUUUCCUGAUCAAUUUUCUCCAUUUUUAUAUUUUGGCUGUGACUUGCAGCAAUUUUUUCCGGGCACUCUUUUCCGCUUCCCUCUUAGGAGCUCUAGUGUUGCUUCACGGAGCCAGAUUAAGAAAGAAGGAUAUUCCCCUGAUGAUGUUAUGUCUCUCUUUGCUUCUUUCUCUACUGUUGUUUCUGAAGCUCUUCUGUUUCUUCGUAGCGUGAAGUCUGUCUCCAUUUUUGUGAAGGAAGGAACUGGUCAUGAAAUGCAACUCAUGCAUCGUGUGCAGAGAAACUGCAUUAGUGAGCCAGAAAUGAAUUCUGAUGCUUUGCAUCAAAUGUUUGGCCUUAUUGAUGCAAAACAGCAUGGUGGAAUGGAUAAAGAUCAAUUGCUGAAGAAAUUGAGUAAGUCUAUAGUUAGAGAUUUGCCAUAUAAAUGUCAGAAGAUUGUGGUGACCGAACAAAACUCAGCUGGUAUUAUGUCACACUGUUGGAUCACUGGUGAAUGUUUAGGCAGUGGGCGAGCUAAAACCAACAGUAUAGUUUCUGAUGACAAGAUUCAUAAAUCAAUCCCCUGGGCUUGUGUUGCUGCACAUAUACACUCUGUCAAGGUGGAUGGAGAAAUGUUUGGUGCCUUUAGCCAGGAGAAUGCUUGUACUGCUGAUCUUUUUCAAUUUUCUAUGCAUUCCAUUCAAGAUAGGAAGCACAUUGAGGGCCGUGCUUUUUGCUUUUUGCCUCUGCCAAUCAUUACUGGUCUUCCAGCACAUGUUAAUGCAUAUUUUGAGUUGUCAUCAAAUCGGAGAGACAUUUGGUUUGGUAAUGACAUGGCUGGUGGUGGGAAAAAACGCUCAGACUGGAAUAUUUACCUCCUUGAAGAUGUUGUUGCUCCUGCAUAUGGUCACUUGCUUGAGAAAAUUGCUUCACUUAUUGGUCCAUCUGAAUUGUUCUUUUCAUUUUGGCCAACAACGACAGGAUUAGAGCCUUGGGCAUCUGUGGUUCGGAAACUUUAUAUUUUCAUUGCUGAGUUUGGUCUUCGUAUAUUGUACACAAAAGCUAGAGGGGGGCAGUGGAUUUCAACAAAACAAGCUAUUUUUCCUGAUUUUGCCUUCCAUAAAGCUCAUGAGCUUGUUGAAGCACUAUGUGAUGCUAGUCUACCUCUUGCAAAUGUUCCCAAACCAGUUGUAGAGCGAUUCACGGAAGCCUGCCCAUUGUUACAUUAUCUGACACCUCAGCUUUUAAGGUCUCUGUUGACUCAGCGAAAACGUGUUUUCAAGAACAGGAAUGCAGUGAUCUUGACCCUUGAAUAUUGCUUACUUGACUUAAAAAUUCCCGUUCAAGCUGAUUGUUUGUUUGGUUUACCUUUGUUACCUCUUGCGGAUGGCUCAUUUACAACCUUUGAGAAGACUGGAGCUGGUGAAAGAAUAUAUAUUGCAAGGGGGGAUGAAUAUCGUCUUCUCAAGGAUUUACUUCCACAACAAUUGGUUUAUUGUGAACUUCCGGAAGUGGUUCAUAGCAAACUAUGUGAUUUGGCCCAAAGUGAGCUAUCAAAUAUUUCUUUUCUGUCAUGCCAUUUGCUUGAGAAGCUGUUUUUAAAGUUACUUCCAGCUGAUUGGCAGCUUGCUAAGAAGGUAAGCUGGGUGCCUGGUUAUCAAGGCCAGCCAAGUUUAGAAUGGAUAACUUUGCUGUGGAAUUAUUUGAAGUUGUGUUGUGAUGACCUCUCAAUAUUUUAUAAGUGGCCUAUACUGCCAGUUGAAGAAAAUUAUCUUUUGCAACUAGUUAAAAGUUCAAAUGUGAUUAAAUAUGAUGGGUGGAGUGAGAACAUGUCUACUUUGUUGCUAAAAGUUGGUUGUUUAUUUUUAAGGCAUGACUUGGAAAUACAGCAUCCACAUCUAGAACUCUUUGUUCAGUCUCCAACAGCAAGUGGAAUAUUAAAUGCAUUUCUGGCAGUGGCCAAUAAUGGUAAAAUGGAGAGCAUUGAGGGGCUUUUCGUUGAUGCAUUAGAAGGGGAGCUGCAUGAACUUCGUUGUUAUAUUUUGCAGUCGAAGUGGUUCCUUGAAGAGCAGAUAACCGACAUGCAUAUUGACAUCAUUAAACAUAUUCCUAUGUUUGAGUCGUAUAGAAAUAGAAAACUAGUCAGCCUGAGUAAACCUAUCAAAUGGCUUAAACCUGAUGGCAUCUGUGAGGAUAUAUUAAAUGAUGAUUUUGUGCGAGCAGAAUCUGAAAGGGAGAGAAUCAUUCUGACAAGGUAUUUGGAUAUUAGAGAGCCAUCAAAGGUGGAAUUCUAUAAAAGUUAUGUUCUUAAUCACAUGUCAGAAUUCCUUUCAAAGCAGGGAGCUUUUCCUGCCAUUUUACAUGAUGUGAAGCUUCUAAUUGAGGAAGACAUCUCCAUCAGAUCUGCACUCUCCACAACACCUUUUGUUCUGGCAGCAAAUGGUUCUUGGCAGCCACCAUCCAGGCUUUAUGAUCCUCGAGUCCCUGGGUUACAAAAAGUGCUCCAUAAAGAAGUUUUCUUCCCUUCUGAGAAGUUCACGGAUCCUGAAACUUUAGACACUUUAGUUAGCCUUGGAUUGAGAAGGACUUUAGGCUUUAUCGGUUUUCUUGAUUGUGCUAGAUCUGUUUCUGUACUGCAUGAAUCUGGGGACCCAGAAGCAGCAAAUUGUGGGAGGAAGUUGCUUCUCUAUUUAGAUGCUCUUGCAUGUAAGCUUUCAUCUGAGAGAGAAGGUGAUGCAGAAAAAAUUCCUGCAUCAGAAAGCAAUAACAAAGAGAUGCCAAGUGCCGUAUUUUAUCAGAAUAUUGAUAUUUCAGAAGGUGCUGCAGUUGCUCUUGACCCCUCUAACAGGGAGGAAACCAUUUGUAAGGAUGAUAUAGACAUUGACAGUGUUAUAGGGGACUUGAUUGGCAAUAUGCCUGAAGAAGAUUUUUGGUCUGAAAUGAAAACCAUCGUUUGGUGCCCAGUUUUUGUCAAUCCCCCUUUUCAAGGACUCCCAUGGUUAAAAUCCACUAGCCAUCUAGUAUCCCCGAGCGUUGUGAGACCUAAAUCUCAGAUGUGGAUGGUGUCCUCUACGAUGCAUAUCCUAGAUGGUCAAUGUGACUUACUAUAUCUACAACAUAGGCUUGGUUGGAUGGAUCAGCUAAACAUGCAUGUUCUUUCAACACAAUUAAUUGAGCUGUCCAAGUCCUACUACCAGCUGAAGUUACAUUCUUUGGUGGAGCCUGAUUUUGAUGCUGCACUACAACAGGGCAUAACAGUGCUUUAUUCUAAAUUGCAAGAACAUAUUGGUACUGAUGAUUUUAUGGUGUUGAAAUCUGCUUUGGAUGGUGUUUCAUGGGUUUGGAUUGGAGAUGAUUUUGUUUCUUCAAAUGCACUUGCAUUUGAUUCUCCUGUGAAGUUUACUCCUUAUUUGUAUGUUGUCCCAUCUGAGUUAGUAGAAUUUAGAGAUUUGCUCUUGGAAUUAGGUGUCAGACUCAGUUUUGGUAUUUGGGACUACGUCCAUGUUCUACAAUGCCUACAGAAUGAUUUGAAGGGGCUUCCUUUAUCAGCUGAGCAACUUGAUUUUGUCAAUUGUGUCCUUGAAGCCAUUGCUGACAGUUCAUCAGACAAACCUUUUUUUGAGGCUUCUAAUACUCCAUUGCUAAUUCCAGAUUCAUGUGGUGUUUUGAUGUCUGCUGGGGAGCUGGUGUAUAAUGAUGCACCAUGGAUAGAAAAUAGUGCUCUGUUUAGCAAACAUUUUAUACAUCCAAGUAUCAACAAUGAUUUAGCAAAUAGGUUGGGUGUAAAAUCGCUCCGCUGUCUCUCUUUAGUAAGCGAAGAUAUGACUAAAGAUCUGCCAUGCAUGGAUUUUGCAAGAAUAAAGGAACUUCUGUCUCUGUAUGGCAACAAUGAAUUUUUGUUGUUUGACCUGCUUGAGUUGGCAGAUUGCUGUAAAGCUAAGAAGCUACACCUAAUAUUUGACAAGAGGGAGCAUCCUCACCAGUCUUUGCUGCAGCACAACUUAGUUGAAUUUCAAGGGCCAGCAUUGGUAGCUAUUUUGGAAGGGGCCAGCUUGAAUAGAGAGGAGAUAAGUGGCCUUCAGCUGCUCCCUCCCUGGAGACUUCGUACUAAUACUCUAAACUAUGGGUUGGGAUUGCUAAGCUGUUACUUCAUAUGUGAUCUCCUGUCUAUUAUCUCUGGUGGCUACUUCUAUAUGUUCGAUCCUCGUGGUGUAGCACUUUCUGUAGCGUCAAGUCAUGCUGCAGCAGCAAAAAUGUUUUCUUUGAUUGGUACUAGUUUGACUGAAAGAUUUCGUGAUCAGUUUAUUCCAAUGCUGAUUGAUCAAAAAAUGCCAUGGUCAUCAUCGGACUUUACAAUUAUUCGCAUGCCUCUAUCACCAGAAUGCUUGAAAGAUGGACUUGAAUUGGGAUUGAAGAAAGUAAAUCAAAUAAUUGACAGAUUUUUGGAGCAUGCGUCUAGGAUGCUUAUUUUCUUAAAGUCAGUUUUGCAGGUGUCAGUUUCAACAUGGGAGGAAGGAUGUACACAGCUUUGUCAGGAUUAUUCUGUUUUUAUUGAUCCAUCAUCCGCUAUCUUGAGGAAUCCAUUUUCUGAAAAGAAAUGGAGAAAGUUUCAAAUAUCCAGGCUAUUUAGCAACUCAAAUGCUGCUGUUAAAUUGCAUGUGAUUGAUGUGAACAUAUUCCAAAGAGGAACUAGAUUUGUGGACAGAUGGCUUGUUGUGCUCAGCCUGGGUUCUGGACAAACCAGAAACAUGGCUCUUGAUAGGCGCUAUUUAGCAUACAAUUUGACACCUGUAGCUGGAGUUGCAGCUCAUGUAUCCCGCAAUGGUCAUCCAGCUAAUGGUCAUCUAACAAGCUCCAUUAUGACUCCUCUUCCUCUGUCUGGUGUUAUAACUUUACCAGUCACUGUCCUUGGAUGUUUUCUUGUGCGCCAUAAUGGUGGUCGUUAUCUCUUUAAAUACCAAAAUAAUGAAGUAUUGCAUGAGGUGCAACCUGAUGCUGGAGAUCAGUUGAUAGAAGCUUGGAACAGAGAACUGAUGUCUUGUGUUCGCGAUUCCUACAUAGAAAUGGUCGUGGAAAUGCAGAAAUUAAGAAGAGAUCCUUCAACUUCUAGUAUUGAUUCAAGUUCCAGUCAUGCAGUUGCUCUGUCUUUGAAGGCCUAUGGAGAUCAAAUUUAUUCCUUCUGGCCAAGGUCUAAUGGUUAUAUACUGAGUAAUGGAGCUGAUGAUGAUAGUAAAUCAGCAUCAGCCGAAGUGCUUAAAGCUGAUUGGGAAUGCUUGAUUGAACAAGUUAUAAGGCCAUUCUACACCCGCCUGGUUGACCUACCAGUUUGGCAGCUGUACUCGGGAAAUUUAGUCAAGGCUGAAGAAGGUAUGUUUCUCUCCCUGCCUGGCAAUGGGGUGGGUGGUAAUUUGCUUCCAGCUACUGUUUGUAGCUUUGUGAAGGAACACUAUCAGGUAUUUUCAGUACCGUGGGAGUUGGUGAAUGAAAUCCAUGCAGUGGGAAUUACAGUUCGAGAAAUUAAACCUAAAAUGGUUUGUGAUCUUUUGAAGGUUUCAUCAACUUCUAUUGUUCUUCGAUCUGUUGAUACUUUUAUAGAUGUUCUUGAGUAUUGCUUGUCUGAUAUUCAGUUCCCAGGAUCAGCUAACUGUCAUGGAAAUGAUAUGUUAGUGGACCCCAUUAACCCAAAUGCUUUUAUUAGAGGCACUAAUGAAGUGGGUAGCAGUUCUGAUUCGGUAUUGAUGCCUAAUGUGCGGACUUAUCAUGGCUCCUCUUCCCAGAAUACAGCCAUUUCAGGUGAUGCACUUGAAAUGGUCACAAAUUUGGGGAAGGCUUUAUUUGAUUUUGGCCGUGGAGUUGUUGAGGAUAUUGGUAGGGCUGGAGCCUUGGCUCAGAGGGACAAUAUAGCUGGUAGCAGUAACAGCAGAAAUGGUAAUGGAGACGCAAAACUUUUGUCAAUAGCUGCUGAGGUCAAGCGCUUGCCAUGUCCAACUGCAACAAAUCAUUUAGCACGCUUGGGGGUGACUGAACUUUGGUUAGGAAACAAGGAGCAACAGUCGUUGAUGAUGCCUUUAGCAGCAAAAUUUGUCCACUCAAAAGUGUUGGAUAGGUCAAUUUUAGCAGAUAUUUUUUCAAAACAUGCCAUUCAAACAUCACUUAAAUUGAAGAGUUUCUCUUUUCACUUGAUGGCUACUCAUUUGAGAUUACUUUUUCACGAUAACUGGGUCAAUCAUGUUAUGGAGUCAAAUAUGGCUCCUUGGUUUUCCUGGGAGAAUACAUCAAGUUCUGGUGGUGAAGGUGGUCCUUCCCCUGAAUGGAUAAGAACCUUUUGGAAAAGCUUUGGUCGAUCCUCAGAGGACCUCUCUCUCUUUUCUGAUUGGCCAUUAAUUCCUGCCUUUCUUGGUAGGCCAAUUUUAUGUCGUGUAAGGGAGUGCCAUCUGGUCUUCAUUCCACCUCCUAUUACCGAUCGAACAUCUGGUGAUGGCAUCAUGGAUGCAACUGCAAUACAACGUGAUCUAACUGGAGUAUCUGUCAAUCAAACUUCUGACUCUGAUUCAAUUCAACUCUACAUUUCAGCUUUUGAAACAUCCAAAAAUCGUUACCCUUGGUUGGUAUCAUUGUUGAAUCAGUGCCAUAUCCCUGUUUUUGAUGUUGCUUUCAUGGAUUGUGCUACCUCUUGCAAUGUUCUUCCUGCAUCCAGCCAAUCAUUAGGGCAAGUUAUUGCCUCCAAGCUCGUUGCAGCUAAACACGCUGGCCUUUUUCCUGAACUUACAUCAUUUUCUGCUUCUGAUCGAGAUGAACUUCUUAAUCUUUUUGCUCUUGAUUUCUCUAAUAAUGGUUCCAGAUAUGGAAGAGAAGAACUCGAAGUGUUGCGGUUGUUGCCUAUCUACAGAACAGUUUUGGGCUCAUGCACAGGAUUAAACAACCAAGAACAUUGUAUAAUCUCAUCAAAUUCAUUCCUUAAACCAUGUGAUGAGCGCUGCCUAUCUUAUUCCACAGAUUCAAUUGAAUGUUCACUACUUCGAGCUCUUGGGGUCCCUGAGUUGCGUGAUCAACAAAUUUUGGUAAGGUUUAGUCUGCCUUGUUUUGAAGAAAAACCUCUGAAUGAGCGAGAGGAUAUAUUAAUCUAUCUUUAUACAAAUUGGCAAGACCUCCAAGCCGAUUCUUCUGUAGUUGAAGCUCUAAGAGGAACUAAUUUUGUCCGGAAUGCUGAUGAAUUUUCUUCUGAUUUAUACAAGCCUAAGGACUUGUUUGAUCCAGGGGAUGCUUUACUAGCAUCUGUAUUUUCUGGUGAGAGGAAGAAAUUUCCUGGUGAAAGGUUUAGUACAAAUGGGUGGCUGCAUAUUCUACGGAAGGUGGGCCUUAGAACUGCAACAGAAGCUGAUGUGAUACUUGAAUGUGCCAAAAGGGUAGAGUUUCUUGGAAGUGAGUGCAUGAAGUCUACUGGCGAUUUUGAUGAUUUUGAGAUGGACAUGACCUACUGUCAUGGUGAAGUCUCUAUGGAAGUGUGGACUUUGGCUGGAUCUGUUAUUGAAGCUGUGCUCACAAACUUUGCUGUCCUUUAUGGAAACAACUUCUGUAAUCUCUUAGGGGAGAUUUCUUGUGUACCGGCUGAAUUAGGCUUGCCAAAUGUGGGUGGCAAGAGAGUUCUUGCUUCCUAUAGUGAAGCUAUUCUAUCAAAGGACUGGCCUCUUGCUUGGAGCUGUGCUCCUAUACUCUCUAGACAAAAUGUUAUUCCUCCUGAAUACUCGUGGGGGGCACUGCACCUGAGGAGUCCUCCGGCCUUUGCUACAGUCCUAAAACAUCUACAGAUUAUUGGGAAAAAUGGUGGUGAAGACACUCUUGCUCACUGGCCUACUGCAUCCGGCAUGAUGACCAUUGAUGAUGCUUCUUAUGAAGUUUUGAAAUAUUUGGAUAAAAUUCGGGGUUCCCUCUCUUCUUCAGAUAUAGCAAAGCUGCAUGGAAUAGCAUUUCUGCCUGCUGCAAAUGGAACACGCCUAGUGCCAGCUAACUCUCUUUUUGCACGUUUGACAAUUAAUUUGGCUCCGUUCGCAUUUGAACUUCCUUCUCUAUAUCUUCCUUUUGUGAACAUUCUUAAGGAUUUGGGACUUCAGGACAUGCUAUCAGUUGCUUCUGCAAAAGAGCUUCUGUUAAAUCUGCAGCAAGCAUGUGGAUAUCAGCGCCUAAAUCCAAAUGAACUCCGUGCUGUGAUGGAAAUUCUAUAUUUUGUCUGCGAUGGAACUGUUGAGGCAAAUAUGCUUGAUAGGCUUGACUGGAAAUCAGAUGCUGUAGUCCCAGAUGAUGGUUGCAGACUCGUUCAUGCAAAAUCUUGUGUCUACAUUGAUUCAUAUGGCUCUAGAUUUGUUAAGCAUAUUGACUUUUCUAGGUUAAAAUUUGUUCACCCAAAUCUUCCGGAAAGAAUAUGUACAUUCUUAGGCAUCAAAAAGCUAUCUGAUGUUGUCACUGAGGAACUCCAUAAUGAAGACAGUUUAGAGACUUUGGAUAGUAUUGGCACCAUCCCAUUAGCUGUUGUCAGAGAGAAGCUAUUAAGCAGAUCCUUUCAGGGUGCUCUGUGGACUCUUGUAACUAGCAUAGCCGGUUAUGUUCCAGAAAUUAAUAAUAUGGCUUUGGGAACUGUGCAGAGUUCUCUAGAAUCUCUUGCAGACAAGUUGCAGUUUGUUAAGUGCCUUCAUACCCGUUUUUGGCUCCUAUCAAGGUCUCUAGAUAUUACCUUUGUAUCUAAGGAUUCUGUAAUUCCAGGGUGGGAGAAUGGAUCUAGACAUCGGGCUCUUUACUUCAUCAACCAGUCUAAAAGCUGUAUUUUCGUUGCUGAGCCUCCAGCUUAUAUAUCUGUUCUUGAUGUUGUAGCAACUGUUGUAAGCCAGGUUUUAGGAUCCCCAAUCCCAUUGCCUAUAGGAUCUUUAUUUUCCUGUCCUGAAGGGUCUGAGGCUGUAAUUGUUGACAUUCUAAAACUUUGUUCUGACAAGAGAGAAGAAAUUGAAGCCACUUGUAACAAUUUGAUGGGCAAAGAAAUAAUACCUCAAGAUGCUCUUCAAGUGCAACUUCACCCAUUGAGGCCAUUUUAUAGGGGAGAAAUAGUGGCUUGGCGGACUCAAAAUGGAGAGAAGUUGAAAUAUGGUAGAGUUCCAGAGGAUGUCAGACCUUCUGCAGGCCAAGCCCUCUAUAGAUUCAAGGUGGAAACAGCACCAGGAAUGACUGAAUCUCUUCUUUCUUCACAGGUUUUCUCAUUUAGAAGUGUAUCAAUGGGAAACAAUGCUUCCUCAGCAAUCUUGCCUGAGGAUAAUCAUGUUAUAACUGAUAACAGGACUCACAAUGAGAUGCCAGAAAGUUCUGAAAGAGGCAGAAGAAAAUCAUCUCAGCCUAUUAAAGAGCUCCAGUAUGGCCGAGUGUCAGCUGCAGAACUGGUUCAGGCAGUUAACGAGAUGCUUUCUGCAGCUGGAAUCAACUUGGAUGUGGAGAAGCAGUCACUAUUGCAGAAAACUGUAACCCUCCAAGAACAAUUGAAAGAAUCCCGAACAGCACUUCUGCUUGAACAGGAAAAGGUUGAUGUUGCUGUAAAAGAAGCUGAUACAGCAAAAGCAGCAUGGCUUUGCCGGGUCUGUUUGAGCAAUGAAGUUGACAUGACAAUAGUUCCUUGCGGCCAUGUACUUUGUCGUAGAUGCUCAUCUGCAGUUUCUCGGUGUCCGUUCUGUCGGCUUCAGGUAAAAGAAACCACCAGAAUUUACCGGCCAUGACAACCUCAAAAGUUCUUUAAGAGGUUAUUUGUGAUUUAUUUGCCAUUAUGGCAUUGACGUUAUUCAACUCGCAUGCUUCAAGUCUUUUUUCUUUCUCCCUCCUUUACCAAGAAGUGGUAAGAAAAUUGUACAUAGGUAUGGACACAAAUUUUUUGAUGUUGUGAGGAUCUUCUUGAAUGGCUUAUCUACAAGAUCCUUUUUACGUACAGAAGAAAGUGGAAAUGGAUAGCGUCUUUGUUGUUAUAGUAGAAGAGAAGGGAAAGUGACACCAUUGUCUUGUCGCUAAUUCUUUGCUUUUAUUUGAAAAUAUGUACGUCUCUGUAAAGAAAUUUCGGACGAACCUCUCAAUCUCUUCUUUCGUCCUGCUACCUGGUAAAAGACGUUUUCCUUUGUGCAUGUUCUGUUGCUCUGUAAAAUGGAGAUGACAGUGUACCAAUCCCUUCCCCGAACCUCUUGCUUGCUAAGCCAU